AUGAACAUCAUUCAAAUCCUCACAACGCCCUUUCAUUCGAGUACAUCGACGAGUCUGACAACAACCCCUCCCUUGAUCAAGGCACUACAACAAUCCUCUUCACCUACCAUCACCAAACCGCCUGAAGUUAAGCAUCGGUAUCACAAAGUUCCAAUUCAAGUAGACGGCUCUCGUCCUCAAUUUUAUGAUUUUCCGUUAGGUUCAUACCCCGAUCUUCGACGACAAUAUUUGAGUCAUAAGAACAUGCCCUUAAACCCUGUAAAUUCUCUUCUGAACUUUCCCACGAACCCGCUUUCUAUUAUGUUUGCAAUUAGCAAUAAUCUGGCCUCGGAUAAAUCCUCACUGGCGCAAAUAAUGCCCGUGCACAAAGGUGAAGAAACUGGUACGGGGGUGGGCAUAAGGUCUAUUUAUAAUUUUCUGUCAAAUGUGGGAUUUGAUAGCAGUUCGAUAGUCGUGUAA